CAAGUAUAUAAACUUUAGGCUAAUUCCAUUAAUUUAGCUCCUCCCCAAAUUAAAUCUUCCCCACAAAAUCAAAAAACCUUUGGUAGCGUGGAAACCCUAGCUAGCUAGCUAGGUAUACAUAUAUAAUUAAGAUAUAUAUACAUAAUAAAAUUGAUGAGGCAGGCGGGAGCGUACUCGAAGCUGGUGUCGGAGAAGAGCGGGCCGUACUCGCUGCCGCUGGCGAGGAUCAAGAAGAUAAUGAAGAAGUCCAGCGACGACGUCAAAAUGAUCUCCGGCGAGGCUCCCAUCGUCUUCUCCAUGGCCUGCGACCUCCUGGUCCAGGACCUCACCAAGCGGGCCUGGGCCCACACGCUGCGGGGGAAUAAGAUCAGGAGGACAAUGCACAGAGAUGACGUCGCCGCCGCCAUUCUUGCUACUGAUAUCUUCGACUUCCUUCUGCAUCUUCUGCCCCCAUCUUCUUCGUCGUCGUCUUCUCCCUCCCCAUCUGCACCUCCUCAAUCUCAAUCAUCAUAA